AUGCUGUCGCAUGUUCCCCGGUCGACCGUGGUUCAUAUACACGGCGACAUGCCGUUGAUGAUUGCGGACGACGACAACCACGACCUUGAACCGACCGAACCAUCGAACAAACAAACGUCGCCUUUACGCUGCGGACGGUUAGCGCAGCGAAGCGCACUCGUUCACUCGUUAAUCCGACUGAGGAUCAACAUCUUUGUCAACCUUCGUUUCUUGUCGCACAUCGUCGCUGCGCUCGGUGAGGGUCGCAGUCUCGCAUGGCUGCGAUCGUUUUAUUGUCCUCCCCCUGGCAGUGGCUGGUGUUUGCCGAGGAAAAUCGUUAUUCCAUCAUCAUACGAUCCAAGGGGCUUCGACUUCAUUGAAAUCGAUACCUUAACACAGGUCUACAAAUGCAAGGCGGCGCGAUUCGAACAUAAUCGGGAGGCGAAGCCGGCGACGACGUGGAUCGAGGAGGUGCAUUUUCCUCCUCCUCGACUGUUCUUUCUGUCAGUCGGUCGGUAUUCCCUCAUCUCGUAUCUUCGACAGCUGCGUUUCUUUCUAUCGUUGCCCAUCGUGUUGGCCGUUGCUCGAGUCGCGUGGUGCGUGCCGACGGAUGGAUGUGCAGCUGGAGCAGUUGUCUUCCCUUUUUCGCCUCCAUGUCGAAGACGUCUCGAUGUUGCCUCAAUGACCACUGGUGUGACCACUGGUCUGCAGGACAAUAAAAUGUGUGUCUUCACCGGUCAGAUGGCGAGGUUCAUCGUCGUAUUCACGUUGGUCACCCACCAUAGCGUCCGUUCGUCCAAGCUUGACGAGGGUAAGCACGUGCCCGUACGACUGUUGCAUUAA